AUGAAGGACUUGGGAACUGCAUCGGAGGUUCUGAACAUACGCAUUAAAUACGAUCGUCAGAAAGGUAUUUUGAGUUUGGAUCAACGAAAGUAUGCAGAAGAAAUAUUGCGGCGAUUUAAUAUGUUUGACUGCGACCCAGUAAAAUUGCCAAGCGAUCCAAAUCAAAAAUUGAGUAGUAAAAUGUCGCCAACCACGGAAAAUGAGCUAAGACAAAUGGAAAUAAUACCGUAUCGUGGUGCAGUGGGAAGUAUACUACAUUUGGCACAGUGUACACGACCAGACCUUUCAUUCAGCGUAACCAAUGUGAGCCAAUUUAACCAAAACCCUGGCCAAGCACAUUGGAAGGCAGUGAAGCGUAUACUACGUUAUAUAAAGGGUACAUUGAACUGCAAGUUAACAUUUGCCAGAGAUGGUAAAUAUGGGGAAAUGUGUGCAUAUUCGGAUGCUGAUUGGGCAUCAAGUUUCGAAGAUCGUAGAUCAUGCACAGGUUACGUUUUCUUAUGGAAAGGAGGCGCUAUAUCUUGGUCAUCAAAGAAACAGCGAACAGUAGCACUGAGCACGGCAGAAUCGGAAUACAUGGCACUAACAGCAGCGUGCCAAGAAGCAAUUUGGUUUGAUCAAUUGAA